UCUUCUGAAGAGACGUGGAGAUUGUAUUGAAACAUAAACAUCGAGGAAGGAAUUGUAAGUUUUACUUAACGCUUGCUGUAUUUGCUAAGGACUCGCGCGCAUGUGCGGGCGCUUUUGCGCUGCGAUGAGUUUGGUGUCCGGGUUUCCUCAACACCCGGCCAUGCACCAUCACGACAGCCACCACUACUCGCUACAUGCGGCUACAGCGACUCGUUGCCAAGAAGACAGUGCUGCGGCUCCUCAGUAUUUCACCAGCUGGUUCAUCAGCCGCGCGGACAUGCCGCCCACUGAAUACAAGUUUGCGCCUGGAUACAGCCCGGACUACCAUGGGAACAACGGCGCCGGCUCUAACGGAGGCCUGGACUCGCACUACCAUCAUCACUACGGGCCCACAGCUUUGCUCUCACAUGGGGUUCGUAACUCAGAGACUGGAGCGGCGAUCGGGCUUCAACACCAGACACAUCCCCGGUCCGUAAAGCGCAGACCCACGGCUAACAGGAAAGAGAGGCGACGGACCCAAAGUAUUAAUUCGGCAUUUGCAGAGUUGAGGGAAUGUAUUCCUAAUGUUCCCGCUGACACUAAACUCUCGAAAAUAAAGACAUUAAGGCUGGCCACCAGCUACAUCUCCUACCUGAUGGACAUCCUUGACAAGGACGGUCAACAGGAGGAUACACACGCUUUUAAGGCCGAGCUGAAGACGGAGGGGAGACGACAGAGGGAAGCGGUGGACAUUUUAAAGACAACAUCGGCAUCGUCGUCACACGUAUCCUCAAUGCCAAUGGGUGAUAAGAAAACGAAAGGAAGAACUGGAUGGCCCCAGCACGUUUGGGCUUUGGAGCUUCAUCAGUAGUUUUCAGUCGAUCAUUUAAUUCCACGCUGUUUUCUUUGGGAUCCAAAAAAAGUGUUGUCUCUGUGUUAUUAUUCUUUGUUGAACUAUCUAAGAAUUACUGCGGCGUCUGAUGUAUUCACCGAACGACCACCAGCGUCACCCUCAACAACAGUUGAUAAUAAUACUAAUAAUAAUUUGUGGAAACAAUAUAUGAUCAAUUAUAAGACACAAACACACGUGCGUUCACAAGCCUAUUUUAUUAUUUAGGCAAUUUUAUGUGCAAUCGACAAGCUACUGGAAACUGGACAUUCAUAAAAUGCAGUUUGGUUGAUACAGAAAUGUGUUUUUCUUUUUCUACUGCUGUUUGUGUUGCUGUGUUCUGCGUCCUCACCCAAAAUUCAUUAUAAAAUGAAGACUUAAAAUUGAAUUGCGUUUUUUGUUGUGCAAGGGCAUGUGCCGAGUCUCUCUCAAACAAGUUCAUGUCUCUUUCAGGAGUGUUACAUUCUCACUUAGUCACAGGUGCCUUACUGUGUACCUUGAGGGGGCUGCCUCUUGGCAUGUAAUGA